CCAAGAAAGCACGGUAGAUUUUCCUCUCUACAAGACAUGAGGUGAUCAGCUGAAGUUUUCCAGCAAUAGAAACACUGAUUGUGAAACUGAGUUUCGCUUUCAAUUUCAGGUUUAUAAAUUAAAUUAAACUUCACUAACUGAUGACAUUUGAACCUAUCACAUGAUUGGCUCCCAUAAUGCUCUAGUCCUCUCACAAUGCUCUUGCCCAUGCCUCUGAAUUAUUGGCCCAGAGACUCCACCAGAGUCACCAAUUACACAAAGUGUUGAGAUGCUGGCUCAGACUGGUCUUCUUACCUGGGAAUUCCCCUGCCUUACGGCUGAAAAUCUCCAGAACCACCCUUAAGUGUUUGUUGCGUUUUCUGGUUCCAUUUCUAUAUUUUUCUCUCUUUUAUCCCCCUGCCCUCCCCAGGGGUGUCAUUCUUUAUGCUAUGGUGACUGGAAAACUUCCGUUUACUGAAUUUCAGCCGAGUAAACUGCUAGAGGAGAUUAAAUGUGGCAUCCUCUACAAUGAACGCUUGUCAACAGCCUGCCAGGAUCUGAUCAGUAAGAUGCUACAGUGGAAACCAGCAAACCGCCCCGCACUCAGUGAGGUCCUCACCCAUCCGUGGAUGCUACCUGCUGCAUCUAUCCUCUUCCGGAAGGUCCGGAUCUUCAUGGCAGGUUCCUCAGAGAAGAAGCAACAUAAAGAAGUGACAGGCAAAGGAGGAGACCACCCCGUGAAGAGAAAUCCAAAGGGGAGGAAAGUUCUCAUCAUCUGCAACUCGGGUGUGAACAAACUGAAGCUCAAAAUGGAGGCAGCCAAGAUUCAGGCUGAUCCUGGCUGCAGCUCACCUCAGGGACGGCCAGACAAGCUCGCCAUCCCCCCGACCGCCAACGCCGACAGAACGGUCCGACUUUUCACCCACAUGCCGAAACCGCCGGCUACCGCCAAACCCACGCGCAGUUUUAAGAGGCCCGUCUCUGCGUCACCGCAGAACCCGGAGCUGGCAAGGAAACUGCGAGGCCUACAGGAUGCGGGUCCCUGUGUGCGCCUCUCCAGGUCCAGCCAGCGCCUCACCUCAACGGCAGAGUCCCUGCCGCGACAGCUGAAAGGAUUCUAG